AUGAUCUCAUCGUCAGAGAUGACGGAGACGGAGACGGAGACGGCACCGGAAAUGGUUGCAGCCGUGGCAUCGGAAGCCGUACGGGCGGAGAUAUCGAGGGGAGUGGAUGAUGAAGAGAAGGAGAAAAUACGCCGUCAGAAGAAGCUUGAAGAAGCUCUCGAAGCCAAAUCUCUUCGUCGCAUUAUCAGUGCUUACCUCAAUUAUCCAGAGGCUUCUAAAGAGGAUCUGAAAAGAUGGGAAAGAUCAUAUCGGAAGCUGUCUCCUGCACACAAGGCAUUGGUACCCCAUUACCCUUUGAAGUUGCAGAGAUUAAAAAGGUGUAUAUCGACGAAUUCAUAUUUCAUAAUUAAUAUGCUUCAGGCAUUUGAGCCCCCUAUAGACUUGAGUCAGGAUCUUGAUGAUUGUGAAGACUCAAAUCUUGAAUGUGCUCCAAAUGAGAAAUACAUACUAGAUGAAAGACACAAUUCUUCUUGUCAGCCUGCCUUGGCCAAUGGUUGUACAAAUCAGGAAGAAAGUAAAAGUAUGCGCGACUCACUAACAGGAGCUUUGUCUAUAGAGGAGUUUCAGAGGAAGGAUGCUAACGAUCAUUCCCCCAAGAACCACUCGGAGGACACAAGAAUCAUUGAUAAGAGAUAUGAUUGUGAUGGAGACAAUUUACAUCACGACCAUGGCAGUGCAUCAUUAUCACCCCAUGAUUGGUUGGACCCAUCGUUACAGUCACAUGUCCCUCUGGUUGAUGUAGAUAAGGUUCGUUGUAUAAUACGGAAUAUAGUUCGAGACUGGGCAGCAGAGGGUAAGAGAGAACGAGACGAAUGUUACAAGCCUAUCCUUGAAGAACUUGAUUCCUUGUUUCCUGAUCGUCAAAAGGAGAGCACCCCUCCUGCCUGUUUAGUUCCUGGUGCUGGACUUGGACGCCUAGCCCUUGAAAUUUCUUGUCUAGGUUUCAUGAGCCAAGGGAAUGAGUUUUCAUACUACAUGAUGAUAUGCUCAAGUUUUAUUCUAAAUUAUGCACAGAUGCCUUGUGAGUGGACGAUAUACCCCUGGAUACACAGCAACUGCAAUUCGCUGUCAGACAAUGAUCAACUACGCCCUGUUGCGAUUCCUGAUAUUCAUCCUGCAAGUGCAGGAAUAACAGAAGGUUUCUCUAUGUGUGGUGGUGAUUUUGUCGAAGUAUACAGUGAAUCAUGUCAUGCAGGAAUGUGGGAUGCAGUUGUGACUUGCUUUUUCAUCGACACUGCUCAUAACAUCAUCGAGUACAUCGAAAUCAUAUCCAAGAUCUUAAAGGAUGGAGGAGUUUGGAUAAAUUUAGGACCUCUGCUGUAUCACUUUGCGGACACAUAUGGCCAUGGAAAUGAAAUGUCAAUCGAGCUAAGUUUAGAGGAUGUAAAGAGAGUUGCUUCACAUUAUGGGUUCGAGAUAGAGAAAGAAAGAACGAUUGAAACAACAUACACUACAAAUCCUCGGUCUAUGAUGCAGAACCGAUACUAUGCUGCCUUCUGGACAAUGAGGAAGAAGUCUGCAUUAACAACUUAA